AUGCCACCCCUCGCCAUCUCUGUACCCGACGCUCCGGGUUCGCCAAAUGCAACCCGAACAAAAUUUGCCUUUUACGGUAAUCGACAACGAGACAGCGAGAACAGCCUCAUGCCCGGUGCUUCGACAGGUGAGGCUUCGCCUUCGCCUUAUGCCUCACCGAUGACUUCACCAAUGAUGUCUCCGUUAGCAUCGCCUCGUAUGCAGCUCAAGCCAUUUGGCGCCGCCUACCGCCAUGCUCGUCAACCUUCGGACGAGUCUUUGUCACAUUUACCUCCUCUGCCGAUUUCGCCCAGAUGGGACUCCAUGUCCAACCCUUCAAAAUUCAUGCUCGGACAAUCAAUAUCGCAACGUGCAGCAUCUCCGUUCGACUCUCCCCACUCUCCGUCUCCUCUAAGUUACGACACUGCCGCAAGCACUCCUGUUGACUCCCGAAACACAUCUCCGACAUUUCUGACAUCCAAAUCGUCACUGGCUGACCUUCGCGCCUACGACACCCUGCCACCCGCCGUGGAGAACUUCUCGCGGCCGCGGAAGCAAAGUAUCCGCCAGCCAAUCGCAGACGCGACUAAGCCACGACUAGUCCACAACGCCCCAGGGACCGCUACAUCUAACCCCGGUCCCAAUCCCGCCGACCAGUAUUUGGAGCUCGUUACUUCUUCUCAACAUCCCCUUUGGCCUCCUCAACGUCCUCGUGGCCCUUCAGUUUCUUCUUGUCAAUCUUCUUCAACUUAUCAAUCUGUAAUCUCUCCUCCUCCUCCCAACGACUUUUAUGACCCAAGAGCGCCUCGUGCUCGGACGGCUACUGGUGCGACAUCGUCAGCAGCACGGCCUCCUUUGAGCUACUCCAACGGAGGCUCUGCCUCACCAAGCCCUGUCAUCGCCCCGUGGAUGAGUGGUGAAGAAUUGCGCUCGAGCUAUCGCUCUCAGUAUACAGAUAUAACUGCGCCCGGUACCGCCGUCACCGAGCGAAGCAGUGUUCUCACAAAGGACAGCUCUGUUACAUCACUAUACCCUAGCCGAGAAAGCGCAGAGCAAGAAACCAACCCUGACAACGAACCCGACGCUGAUCACGACGAGCCGAGUCUUGAUGAUGUUAUGGGCAUGUACGAGCGAGGCUUCGACGACGACGACGAAGAGGUGAAUUACCAAAACACCACUACAAACAAGCGACCAGUAUCAUCACAAUCCGACAUGGGUCAAAGACGAAGCAUUCGAGAUGAUGAGGAUGAUGAGGAUUUCCCACAAAGAGAGGUCCAGGAAUCCACUUCAACACUCGAUAUGGAAAUUCGAAUGUCCAAGAUGAUCUUUACAUCACCAGCCUUUACAUCAUCUGUACCUCACAUUGCUGAAAAGCAUGUGGUGGAAAACUACAGCAGCCCCGAACUCCCCGAAAAACGAGAUUCGGCCAAGUCGUUAGACUCAGAGCCCUCCGUUAAAUCACACAAACCUCUUUCCAUCGCCGAGCCUGGCUCUGCGCGCUCAGAAACAUUCGCUGCACCUCUUUCACCACCUGGAUCUACCCUGGCACCCGUAUUUGAAGCCACCAACCGACCCGAAACCCCCGAGUCAAGGGUCAACUCUGAAUACGCGUCAGAGCCAGUGCCCGAACCUACACCCGAACCUGUGUCUGAGCCUACACCGGCCCCCAAGGCCGAGCUCAAGCCUGAGCCAGUCUCAACGCCUCCUCCAGUUGCCAUUCCCGAGCCCGUGGAGCCUGAGGACCCUGGCUCUCGUGACCGAUAUGGUUUCAAGAAGGAGAACCAGUAUGUGACGCGACAACAAUACGACAAUUGGAAUGCCGGAUACAGCGAGUACCUGGCUCGUCGAAAGAAGAAGUGGAAUCAGUAUCUCAAGGACAAUGCUCUGAUGACAGACCACCCUAACCGAUUUCCUGCUCCUAACGCAAAGACGAAACGAUUUGUUCGCAAGGGCAUUCCUCCGGAAUGGCGCGGCGCUGCUUGGUUUUACUAUGCUGGCGGACCAGCUAUUUUGGCCAAGCACUCGGGUCUUUACGAUAAGCUAACGACUAAACGAGCUAAGGACGUUGAUGCUGAAGCUAUCGAGCGAGAUCUGCACCGCACAUUCCCUGACAACAUUAAGUUCAAGCCUCCCGGUGGCAUGGAAACAACGUCAAGCAGCGCUAGAGAAAGCCAGUCGACAAUGACGGAUUCCACUCGCAGCUCCAGCCCAGCUCCCCCGAAUGUUGAAGGAGAGACACCCAUCAUUACCUCCCUCCGCCGUGUGCUUCACGCUUUCGCUGUGUACAACCCUCGCAUUGGUUACUGUCAAAGUUUGAACUUCUUGGCUGGUCUUCUGCUGCUCUUUGUUGAUACCGAAGAGCAAUGCUUUUGGCUAUUGAACGUUAUCACACGCAUCUAUCUUCCUGGUACCCAUGAGAUGAGUCUCGAGGGUUCCAAGAUUGACUUGGGAGUGCUCAUGACUGAGAUGCGCACUUCUAUGCCUGCUGUCUGGGAUAAGGUUGGUGGAGAGCUUGAGGCUGAUCCCAACUCCCGACCCUCCACAAGCAAGUCGAUUCGCCUUACUCGUUCGCGCCGCAAGGAACUCGCACGCAUGUCAACACCUACAGACAGACUUCCACCGAUUACACUUUGCAUGACGGCAUGGUUCAUGAGCUGCUUCAUUGGAACACUCCCUAUCGAAACCACCCUCCGCGUAUGGGAUGUGUUCUUCUAUGAAGGAUCCAAGACACUUUUCCGCAUUGCAUUGGCCAUCUUCAAGCAAGGCGAGAGCGAGAUCCGAGCAGUGGGCGAUCCCAUGGAAAUGUUUGGCGUGGUGCAAUCAAUGCCCCGCCGCCUGAUCGAUGCCAACGCCCUUAUGGAGGCCUGCUUCAAGAGGCGGAAUGGCUUCGGGCAUCUCAGUCAGGUUCAAAUUGACGAGAAACGUCAGCAACGUCGAGCCAAGGCACAAUUGGAUAGAGUCCGCCAAGGCAAGACAUGGAACAACUAA